AUGAGCCUCGGGCUUGGGACGCUUGUGGAUGGCAAUCGCUCGUAUCUUUAUCUCGUUAAACACUUGUGCAUGGAGGUUCCUAGUUUGAGUAAGACAAUAGCAUGGGUUUUGAGGCACGGUGCUGUCAAAAUGGAUUUGAAGAUUCGGAGCAACGGAUAUUGCAGUAUCAAAGAUUUGCUAGAGAUGGACGUGAAAAUUGGCGGUGGAAUCCCCCUAUCUUCAUUCACAGUAGCCGACGUCAUGAGCAUGGUAGCCUGCGAUCCAAAGCAAAGAUUCUCAACUAUCGAGGAGGAGGACGACCAACUUUACAUUAGGGCUAACCAAGGUCAUACCAUGGAUGCUGUGCAAACAGCGGAGCUGCUAAGGGAGAUCAAAUCCGCUGAUGAAGUGCCUAUGUGCGUCCAUGGCACCUUUCGAAACAACUUUAGAGGGAUUCGCAAAACAGGUCUCAAGCGAAUGAAGAGGAACCAUGUACAUUUCGCGACUGGUUUGCCUCAAGACGGUGUGAUAAGUGGGAUGAAGAGCAAAUGUGAGGUGCUCAUAUACUUGGAUUUGGCCAAAGCUAUGAAGGAUGGCAUGAAGUUUUUCAUGUCCGAAAAUGGGGUUGUGCUCACUGAAGGCUUCGACGGUGUAGUUCCUCGCGAGUACUUUGAGAAAAUCAUGUACAUCACAAAGGAAGAAUAG